GCUCGACGGCCCGCCCGCCAUGACCUCCAGCAAGAUCGAGCUGCCCGGCGGCGUGAAGGCGGACCCGGCGACGCUGAUGGCCUCCCUGCAGCUGCUGCCCUCGCCCACCCCCAACCUGGAGAUCAAGCACUGCCAGAUUUUUAUCAACAAUGAGUGGCAAAAUUCCGAGAGUGGGAAAGUGUUCCCGGUGUACAAUCCAGCAACUGGAGAGCAGAUCUGUGAAGUGCAGGAGGCUGAGAAGCUGGAUACUGACAAAGCUGUGCGAGCUGCUCGCCUGGCCUUCUCGCUGGGCUCGGUGUGGAGAAGGAUGGAUGCCUCGGAAAGGGGCCGCCUCUUGGAUAGGCUGGCGGAUCUGGUGGAAAGAGACAGAGCGCUCCUUGCUACCAUGGAGUCGCUGAACAGUGGGAAGCCCUUCCUGCAGGCUUUCUAUGUGGACCUUCAGGGCGUCAUCAAGACCUUGCGGUAUUACGCCGGCUGGGCAGACAAGAUUCAUGGGACAACCAUUCCUGUGGAUGGAGAUUAUUUCACCUUCACCAGACACGAGCCUGUUGGGGUGUGUGGACAGAUCAUCCCGUGGAACUUCCCCCUCUUGAUGUUUGUGUGGAAGAUUGCGCCAGCCCUCUGCUGUGGCAACACGGUUGUCAUCAAGCCCGCCGAACAGACCCCACUCACGGCUCUCUACAUGGGUGCCCUCAUCAAGGAGGCCGGGUUUCCACCAGGAGUGGUCAACAUUUUGCCAGGAUUUGGGCCGAGCGCCGGUGCAGCGAUCGCUUCUCAUGCGGGCAUAGACAAGAUUGCAUUCACUGGAUCCACCGCGGUUGGGAAGCUGAUCCAAGAAGCAGCAGGAAGGAGUAACUUGAAGAGGGUGACCCUGGAGCUGGGGGGGAAGAGCCCCAACAUUAUUUUUGCAGAUGCGGAUUUGGAUUACGCGGUGGAGCAGGCUCACCAAGGGGUCUUCUUCAACCAAGGGCAGUGCUGCACAGCAGGCUCACGCAUCUACGUGGAGGACUCGAUCUACGAGGAGUUUGUCCGCAGGAGCGUCGAACGUGCCAAGCGGAGAGCUGUGGGGAGCCCUUUCGACCCAGCCACAGAGCAAGGGCCACAGAUCGAUAAGAAGCAAUACAACAAGAUCCUGGAACUGAUCCAGAGCGGAAUUGCCGAAGGUGCCCGGCUGGAGUGUGGUGGCAAAGGCCUGGGCCACAAGGGCUUCUUCAUUGAGCCAACCGUCUUCUCCAACGUGACGGACGACAUGCGAAUCGCCAAGGAAGAGAUCUUUGGGCCUGUUCAAGAAAUCCUGCGGUUCAAGACCAUGGACGAAGUGAUCGAACGGGCCAACAACUCUGACUUUGGACUGGUAGCCGCCGUCUUCACCAAUGAUCUCAACAAGGCCCUGACUGUCUCUGCAGCCAUGCAGGCGGGGACUGUCUGGAUCAAUUGCUACAAUGCUUUAAACGCCCAGAGUCCUUUUGGAGGGUUCAAAAUGUCGGGCAACGGGAGAGAAAUGGGAGAGUGCGGACUGCGGGAAUAUUCUGAAGUGAAGACGGUGACAAUAAAGAUUCCGCAAAAGAACUCGUAAGAAGAAAGACGAGGAGUCACAACGGAGCAUGUGACCCUCGGGAUUCCUUCAUAGGGACAUGCACUCAGGAAUUGUAAAGACAAUUUUGUAAAGCCUAGAAUUGCAUCUGGCUCGGAAUUCAAGUGUGCGUUGGGUUCGUUGCAGUCCAGAAACCAUUCUUUUGUACAGGCAAGUGGGGAACUGUGUGCUCCCUGGGCCUGCCAGGCCAGCCAAUCCACGCACCACUCUUGCCUGAGGACGAUGGUGGCUCUGGCAUGCCCUGCCCCACCAGGAGGGCUGACACGGGCCCUUCCUGUUCUCAAGAGAAAUCUCAUCCCAAGGCAGGGCAGGGGGCACAGAACCAGACAUGGAUGAUUUACAUAAAUCUUCUAACAGGGACUCCCAAGGCAUACCAGCGUCACAAAACUCUCCACUCACUUUUCUUCUGAAGUAUGUUUCUAGUUCUCUUUGUUGCAUCAAAAUGUGCAGACUUGGUGCUUGAACUGUGGUGCAGCUGUGGCUUCUCUUUGUGGCAGCCAGUGGCCUUGUAGGGAAAAGGUCUGCAUUUCCCAUACUUUAGAUCACUCCUUGGCUGCCCUCCCGCAUACCCUUCUUCUCCAAGCUGCUACCCUUUGGAGUUUGCGCAUGGUGGGCUUUCUCAGUGCUGAGCUCCUUAGAGCUGAUUGUCUUCAGCCACAAUCUGAAGCUGUCCCAUCCACACUGCAGCAGCGGGAGGUGUUGUGAAAUGGUCCAAAAUCCCACAGUCAAAAAUGCACCAAGAAUGUUGCAGGCACGAUGAAAAAGAGCAGCUGACAUCUUCUUCGGGCAUUCAAGCUCUGUGCAGAAGUUAACUUGGCAGUUUUGUUUCUGACUGGCAUGACUUGAUGAUGUAUGAGACCUCUCCUCCUUGGAACAUCUAACUAACCAUGGCACAUGCAUGAUGUGAUGGCCUUGUGCAUGCCUGGCCCCACCUGACCUACCACAGUGGGCUGUCAGCAGCAGGGCAGCAACUCAUCAAGGGCCUCCAAACAUGCAUCGUCCCAUGCCAACGAGGGGAGGCAAGACAGGCGGCUCCUGGGGCAGAGUCUAGUUCCACACCAGCACUGCUUGAGCUCUCUUGUGCCUUGUAACCCUGCCCUUCUUAGGGGCUCAGGGUGGUGUGCUUGGCCCGGCCCGCCACAUUCUGCCCCUCCAAGGACCUUGAGAGCAGGUGAGGCUGUGUGUGAAGGGCACCCAACAAGCUUCGUGGCAGAGUGGAGGCUUGUACCCAGGUCUCCCUCUGUGUCCAAAACUCUGAGCUCAGGACCAUUGAACUAAAAUGUCAUCCCCCCUUGAAGCAGACAUGCAACGAAGCAGGAUGUUGGCAAGACCGGCAAGAGGGAGGCAGGAGAGCUCAGGGGGUUUGGGGGCUGAGGCUGGGGGGCUCUGCCUCCCAACAAGGAUGCCCCUCUAGCACAGUAAGCAGGAUACAGCAUUGACUUGCCACCGUGGCUGGCCCCUCUGCCUAAACUCUCAGUCCAAAUAGCACCCUUCCCCGCCCAGCCCACCAACGGACCCCAGGCACAAGCAAUCCGGAAGCCCGCCUGCCCGAGACUAAUUGAAAUAAGCCGCCCGUUUUCAGGGAUCUUGCCCAGGCGCGCUUCCUCAUGGACAUGGUUCUCCGUUUGCAUGGCAUGGCCCCUCAGUGUUUCCCUUGAGCCUUGCCUCAUAAGACAGCCCUGCCCUGCCCCAGGACCAGCCCGAUGGCACCGCAGUUUCCCUCCAGCAUCAUUUGGCUAAAUGCAUCCCAGCUCUUUGUUUGCAAGCAAAAUAAUUCCUGGGCAUCUGCAACGUGAAUGUCAUGUAUUCCUACUGUAGUGUUAAUUCAGAGUUUUUAAAAGAAAUGUGUUAAGAAAUUAGUUUUCUUAUUCUCGCCAAUAUUCAUUCUGAAAGGAGACUUUUCUUUCUUUUUUGGUUGUAUACUUUUAAAGGAGACUGGUGCCAGCACUAAGAAUUCACCCUGUGUACUCCUCUGUAUUGUGUGUGUGUUGUCUCUCUUUGUGUGUUGAUUCAAAUAAAUUCCGGUAACAACUAAAGUUGCCAUCCCCCCACCCCCACCUUUGAUGCACACAAGUUGGUUCGAUGCAUCCUUUUUUAAAAAGUUGGCAAAUGCAUGUCACUGGCAGUCUCUUAAGCCUGGGAAGUUUGUUGUUACCACUUUAAUCAUGUAUAUAGUUAAAAAAUUAGUGGGGGAGGGGGAAGGAUCUGGAGUAUUUUCUAUGCAGAUUUCCAUUAAAAACCUUCGAAGUUGAACCAUGGCCGUCCUUUGCGGUUGGUGGGCCCUGAAGAGUGCCUGUUGGGACAGAGGCAGUGCUCUUGCAGUAGCUGUGUUUUCGUUUGCAAAAUG